AUGGACAUGGAGGAUACGCGAGAUGAUGCUCCAUCAGAGCACAGGCCUCGUAGUGCUAAAUGGAGGUCUUUAGAUUUUGUCGAAAAAUUUGGAUCCGUUUCCUUGGAUUCUAAAGGAGAAAUUCUGAGAAAUAAAGAAUCUACCUACAACGUGAAAGGUGAUAGAUUGUCAUGUAAGAUGGCAUCACAGAUCCUUUGGAGCACCGGAAUGCUUUCUGAACCAAUUCCAAACGGUUUCUACUAUGUUGUUCCCGUGAGAACUAAAACUAAUAUCUCUAGGUUACUAGCAUGUUAUAUAUAA